GUGCCGCCUGGUGGGGUCACGGCGCUUGAAGCCCACGUGCGCCGCCGAGCCCGAGGUGGCCUCGAGCGCGGCGGCUGACAGCACAGCCCGCCUGAGCUGCCUUCCGCGCUCCUACCCGAGGAAAGGAUUUUGAUUUCAAAGAAAGGAAGGAAGGAAGGACAACUCCCAGCUUCCCCGUCCCGCCCUCCCCGCUCCGAGGGCCGGGCCAGGCCAUGCCCAAGAAGGCGGCGGCGGCGAACCAGCAGAAGGGACUUUCCUGGCAGCCCGGCGACGAGGAGCGCGGACAGUGAGUUUGCUCUGCCCCGGUUCAUGGUUCCUGCAAGCCCUCUAGGAGGCCGAAAGCUGCAGCCCCUCCCCUUGCCCCGAAGAGCCUUCCGCGUUCUCUCGCCCUCGGGCCCACCCCGCGCCGCCCGGGCUCCCGCCGCCGCAGCCCAGUGCCCUCUGCCCGCGGCGGUGGAUGGCAUGAUGGUGCGGGGAAGGCACCGCGGCCUUGGCCAGCUGAGUCGCGACGGCCGCCGGGGCGGCGGCAGUGGCCGCGGCAGCGGCGGUGGUAGCGGGCUCCCCAGCGGCAUGCCAGUGCCCCCCGGGCGCGAUGGCUAGCGGCAGCGCCGGGAAGCCCACUGGCGAGGCGGCUUCUCCGGCUCCUGCGAGCGCCACCGGCGGGGCCAGCUCGCAGACGCGGAAGAGGCUGGUAUCCGUCUGCGACCACUGCAAGGGCAAGAUGCAGCUGGUGGCUGACCUGCUGCUGCUGUCGAGCGAGGCGCGGCCCGUGCUCUUCGAGGGCCCCGCCUCCUCUGGUGCCGGCGCCGAGUCCUUCGAGCAGUGCCGGGACACCAUCAUCGCGCGCACCAAGGGGCUCUCCAUCCUCACCCACGACGUGCAGAGCCAGCUCAACAUGGGCCGCUUCGGGGAGGCGGGGGACAGCCUGGUGGAGCUGGGCGACCUGGUGGUGUCGCUGACCGAGUGCUCGGCCCACGCGGCCUAUCUGGCGGCUGUGGCCACGCCGGGCGCCCAGCCCGCGCAGCCGGGCCUGGUGGACCGCUACCGCGUGACGCGAUGCCGCCACGAGGUGGAGCAGGGUUGCGCCGUGCUGCGCGCCACGCCGCUGGCCGAUAUGACGCCGCAGCUGCUGCUGGAGGUGUCGCAGGGCCUGUCGCGCAACCUCAAGUUCCUGACGGACGCGUGCGCUCUAGCCAGUGACAAGUCACGGGACCGCUUUUCGCGGGAGCAGUUCAAGCUGGGCGUCAAGUGCAUGAGCACCAGCGCGUCGGCGCUGCUGGCCUGCGUGCGCGAGGUGAAGGUGGCGCCCAGUGAGCUGGCGCGCAGCCGCUGUGCGCUGUUCAGCGGGCCCCUGGUGCAGGCAGUGAGCGCCCUGGUAGGCUUCGCCACCGAGCCGCAGUUCCUGGGUCGCGCGGCAGCUGUGAGCGCCGAGGGCAAGGCGGUGCAGACCGCCAUCCUGGGCGGCGCCAUGAGCGUGGUGUCGGCCUGCGUGCUCCUGACCCAGUGCCUCAGGGAUCUGGCGCAGCACCCCGACGGGGGCGCCAAGAUGUCGGACCACAGGGAGAGGCUGAGGAACUCGGCCUGCGCCGUGUCUGAAGGCUGCACCCUGCUAUCUCAGGCUUUAAGGGAGAGGUCUUCGCCCAGGACUUUACCGCCAGUGAAUUCCAAUUCUGUGAAUUAGCACCCCACCCCCAUACCCCUUCUUCCACCCCCAGACUAAAGGAAGAUACUUACUCUCUGCCCCUCUCCAUUUAUACCAAAGAAAUCAUAGGUGAAACCCCCUACCCUCCCCAACGUUAAAUGCUCGAGAGGAAUCUUCCACAAGGCAGGGCCAUGCACACAACCUGCACACGCACUUGGAGGGCCCAGGUGUCUGUCCACCAGCCCCCAUGCAGUAGGGACUGGAAGAUAUGUCAUCUGCUGGUUGUGUUACCACUCCCGCCCCCUACCCCAGCCCGUCUUCCGGAAUUUCUCAACUAAAUUUGAUUAUUGGGCAGGAAGGAGGUCAUGGGUUCGUUUCAUUUUUGUUUUUUGUGUUUUUAAUUAAAAGAAAGGUUACCUCAGUUUUCACUCCUUAGACAUGGAUGUAGCUACCUUUUUUUGUAUGUCUUUUUUUUUUUUUAAGCAAUCGUGUUGAAUUAGGAGUAUACUUGGUGUGGAAAGAGUAUGAAUUUGCCAUGUGAUUUGCAAAUGGGGGGAAGCUACUGUGAGCGUGUGUUUUUUUAAUUUACACUAUAGAGUGAUUUUUUUUCCCCCAACGUCAAGUUUUUACCUUGCAUGUACUGGAGUAUUUAUUUCAUCUAUUAAAAUGUUAUGUUUCUCAGA